CUAAGAAACAAACACAAGAUACUGUUGAAGCUCAGGACAGUGGAGGUAAAGAAAAGAACGUAAAGUUAUUCACCCGUGCUCAAACAGCGAGAUUUAGUAAAUCAGACAGUACAGAGGAGGACUCUGUUACACUAUCUGAUGAGAAUGGUAAAUCGUCCAUACAAGAUAUCAUCAGCUGUAUUCAGAACGGUUGUAGUGAUGCUGAGAGGAAUGAACAGAUUCUGAUUGUACAACAUGAACUAACAGCUGGAGUUGGCUAUGACAAUCUAAGAAAGGUGCUUGAUAUAAUUAGUAUGAUAAGUGAUGAACAAGAAAUGCAGAUGCACAUUACCCAUAUUUUAGGUCCAAAGCUGUUUGAAGAAUAUAAAGAACAUUUAACAGUACUACGCUUAUUAGAAGGGAAAAGUUAAUAAUUCCAUAAAUGAAUAGUAAUGUUUAAAGUUGCAUGCCUCCAGAUAAGCCAAAAUAUUUCAAGAAAAAAAACAAAACUUUUUUUUCUAAGAUAGUUAAAAAAAGGAAAAAAAAUCAAGAUUCAAGAAAUGGUUUACAUGUUACAGUGUGUUUGGUAGAUUCUAAAACUCAAGGGUCAAUGAUCCAUCACACAAAAUUGUUUAGGGUCAAAACUCCAAUCUUCAAG